AUGGCGGAUAUCUUUGGCACAACGACGGCGGUUGGCUUUUUAGUCACGAUUAUUUAUUUCUAUUGGCGUCAAAAUCGGAAAACUUAUCGCUUACCUCCUGGUCCCAAGCAAAAUCUCAUCUUUGGCAAUUUGAUGGAAUUAAUUCACUCGACGUUUAUUCAAGGCGAGCCGGCUUUUGUCAAGUUCUCUCAGUGGGCUUUUCAGACGGGACCGAUUUGCUACUUGCGGUUUUUCCGACAACGAGUCGUCGUGAUUUCAGACGCAAGGGUUGCUCAACGUUUGUGUGUCCAUCAGGCGGACAAAUUCACCGAACGGCCGCCGGGACUAUUCUUAGCACGAGUAUUGAAAAACAAAGGAAUCGUGUUCAAUGACGGACCAUCGUGGAAGGAACAUCGAACAUUUCUGACUCACGAAUUUCGCAAGUAUGGAUUUGGGAAACAAUCAAUGGAGCAGAGAAUUCAAUAUGUGGUUGAUGAAUACCUACAUCAAAUUGGUAAAACGAACGGAGAAAAUCACGAUCCGCAUCCGAACAUUGCGACGGCAGUUUAUAACAUUAUUUGGACAGUGAUCAGCGGCGAUAAAUUCAAAUGGGGCGAUCCUUUCCUGCAAAAAGUCAUUAAAAAUCUUGAAACCAAUUUGCAGGCUGUCGAGCUCACCGGACCCCAUAACUACGUCAUCAUACUCACUCUUUGGCAUUUACUGUGGCACAACUUUGUGCGCUUGUGGCAAAUCGUCUCGACGAGAUUGGUUUACUUUAAACAACUCAUCGCCAAGUUCAGGAAGUACAGAGAGGAAACUUCAAGCUCGGAAGUGGAAGAGUCCAUGAUGUACGACUACCUGGUUAAAAUGCAGGAAUUAAAAAGCAGCGGAACGUCGACUCACUUUACCGAGACGCAACUCCUUUGGUUGGUCUCCGAUUUGUUUAUCGCCGGCGGUGAGACGACCAUCACAACCAUUCGCUGGAUACUCCUGUGUUUGGCCAAGUAUCCUCAAGGCCAGGAACGUGUUCGACAGGAAAUUAUCAACGCCUUCGGUCGGGACUCGACGCCAACGUAUGCUCAACGAACACAGUUACCUUACACAGAAGCUUUUAUUAAUGAGGUCCUUCGUUUGGGUGGCGUCGCUCCGGGAAUGUGGCGCAAUACCAGUCAAGAUGCGACAUACGAAAAUUACGAUAUUCCAAAAGACACAUGGGUUUUACUCCAUUUUUGGGCCAUGAGUAAUAACAAGGAUCAAUGGGACGAAGUAAAAGAAUUCCAGCCGGAAAGAUUUCUAAAUGAAGAAGGAAUGUUCUGUAAAAAUGAAAAUCUUUUAGCAUUCUCCACAGGCAGGAGAGAAUGUCCUGGACAAGGGCUGGCACAGAUGGAACUAUUCCUUUUUACUGUUGGAAUCCUGCAAAAGUUUAAAGUAGCUCUGCCAGCCGGUGAGGAUGUCGACAUCAGAAGUGGACAUUUUGGAGUAACCUACACGCCGCCACUUCAUCAACUAGAAUUCAUUCCUGUGUAGGAUUUCAUAUUCGUUGAUAAAAGUUAUUCGAUUUUAUAAUCGAUAAAAUGGAGUUAAGAACUAUCCAUUUUUAUCCUAGCCUCUUUCGUUUUUUAGCCAAAUUCAAAUUUAUUAGUUUAUGAUAGAAUUACUUAUCUUCUUUAGUUUUGUAUGUAAAUGUCCUUGACAUUUGAUUUUGGGGGGCGAAAAGAAAAACUGGGUAAAAGGGAUGAGCGCGCAAAAUUUCCUAUACUAUCCCAGUAUACCUGACCAGUACCCCAAAACGUUUGAAACGUUUUACCUGAAAAUUCUUUAGACAGUUCCGCCCUUUCUGUGGAAGCAGUAUGGGAGACAUAUAGCAAUAUAUAGGAACCCUAAAUCAAUUAAAUCUUAAUUCGGUACCGAAUGUUUGAAACAAUAACAUCACUAACCUCGCAAAUAGCCUCCCCUCUCCCCAAUUGUGUGCCCUUAUUGAGAAAAUAAAAUUUUAUUUGACAAGGAAAUGUUUGAAAAAUA